AAUAUGGCGGAGCUUCAGUUCGAGGCACCGCUAGCCAAGUUUGAAAACGAGGAAUGGAAUGAAUACAGUGAAUUUCAGGAAGCUAUAACAGUAGAAAAUAUCUUAAAAGAAACUGAAUCUCAUCAGACGAGUGAAGGGAACGAUCACGAGGACAGUGAACACUUUACAGAGCCUUAUUCUGGCUCGUUAGAAGAUCUCGUGAACUCUUUUGACGAGAAAAUUACCAAGUGUUUCUGCAAUUUUGAGGAGAAUGUUAAUGACAAAAUAGCCCCUGUACAAAUACGAAGCCAAGAAGAGAUAAUUAAUGAUUGUCAAAUGUGGUGGACCAUCACUGGUAACUUUGGUAACAUUCUUCCCAUUGAUUGGUCCAAGAGCUAUGCAAGACAGCUGCAAUCCAAAGUACUCAACCUCAAAGAAGAUCAGGAGCAGGAAGCCCCCAAUCUGGACCUCUCUGACGAUGAAGAACUUGCCCAGCAGUUUGACAUGCACUCGCUGAUCGUGUCCAGUCUGCAGACCAGUGAUAACGACCAUGUUGCCACCGCCGACGAGGUCAUUAACGAGAUCGAGUACAUGAUGCAGGAAAAUGGACCUUCUGAAUACUCUCAAGAUGACCUUGACCAUGACAUGGCCUUGGAAAAAGAGAAACUUCCUCAGAUUCCCUCCUACACAGAAGCAGAUCUCAAAGGGAUGAACUGUACUCAGCUGAAUGAGGUUCUGAAUGAGUACGAGGUCAUUAUAAAGGAGCUGUCGGAGGUUCUGAUCCGGGAACUGGCCCUCCGAGACGAACUGGAGUACGACAAAGAACUCAAAAACCAGUUCAUAUCCCUACUGCUGACCAUACAGAAACGUCGCCGUGACGGAAACCUGGACAAAAAGAAAAAGAAGAGUAAAGGAGUGAAUAACAAUAUGAACAGCCCUGAAGGCACAAGCACAUUUCUGACAACUGUAAUUCCUUACCAUGCAACAGAUGGUGCACCCAGUUCUGAACAGCUACAGAUCUACAUCAAAAUUUUACAAGCGAUUAACGAGGAUAGUCCUACAGUCCCCGGUCUGCUGACUGAUUACAUCCUAAAAGUGUUGUGUCCUACUUGAACUCCUAGUAGAGAAAAGUCGGGUCGUAUUUUUCCUCCUUUAUUUCCGAGAGUCCUGUUUCUAGCAGCAACACGCGGGACUACUGAUCGCUGCUUGAUCGCCUUUUGUUUUUGUUUUCUUUCCAUGACAAACAAGUAAUGAGUUACUUAAAUGAAUAGUUUUAUAUUCAAUUUUACAUUGUUAGAGUGCAAUAGUAAUGUACAAUGUGUAAUAUGUAUGCAUUUUUGAAUAGUUUAUUUGUUUUUAUAAAAUAAUUGCCACCAAAGAUAUUAUUUCAAUAUGUGAUGAUGUUUUAUUUUUUAGGUGCUUAUAGUUUUUAAUCAAAUAGUUUAUCCACCAGGAUAUUUAAGGAGGGGGGUGUCAUCAUUUUUAUCUAGAUGCUGUGUUCACUAACCUGGUAAUUCAGUCUUUAUUAAAUGACAUUAGUACUUCUAUCCAGUAUUGUAGAGAAAAAAAUAGUAGACAGUAUUAUUUUAUCAUUAAAGCAUGUGAAAUAAUCUUGCUGUUCAAUUUAGUUCUGCAAGUCCUUUUGUGGUUCAAGAAAACUGUUACCGGUUUUAGAAAUAUAAUACUGUAUACAGGGUUAAUUUUACCCUGCUUUAUUUUUGCCCCUUCAAUCAUGCAUACAAUUUUGCCUGUCUUAAAUUCGCCCAUUCACACUUUUGUUUAAAUUAUACUGUAUUCUUUGAAUUCACCCCGUUUCAAAUUUGCCCAACAAAGGUAAGGGCGAAAGGGGCGAAAAUAAAACAGGGGCGAAAUUUCACAGUAUACAGUAACUCAGCCAGCUAGUUGUAAGCAUUGUCAAUGUGUAUUGUGAACUUAGGAAUCAGACAUUUUUGCUUUGUUCAUGAAGAUUUUUCUUCAUGGAUUGUGUAAAUUUAAUAUUUAUAAAAACUUCAUUGUUGUGAUAGGUACUGUCUCCUGUAUAUAAAGCUUAUACCGUAUUUGAAUGUAUGCUAUUAUGAACAAAUGAGAGUGCCAUUUAUUUAUUAGCAGAAUGAAGCGUGUUAUUAUAUUAUGGUUUUUAAUGAUUUUUUAUAUGAUUUUUUUAAACCUCCCAAUUGAAUAGCAGGGAGAUGUCUGUCCUCUCCAUAUGUCCUAACAAGGAGUACCAAUGUCUUAUUAUUGUUUCCUCCAGAACUGAACCACUUUUUCAGAAUUUAGAGUACCUCCUACUUUUUCUUUUUGAUCCAAAGAUAUUUAGUGUUUAUCCAUCUCAUUCAAUCCCAAACUCCUUGAAGAAUUCACAGAUUCAUUAGUGCCAAUGUGUACCUCCUAUUUUAUGUUAAGUAGCCUCCCCCCCCCCCCCCAAGUCUUUACCAGUUAGAUUCUCAUAUGGGAGUGUGUGUGUCAUUUUUGAAGCUCAGUGCACUUGGUACCUCCAUUUUUAAAUUGUUAUUUUCUGUAAUCAUAUGUGAAAUAGUUUUAUUCCAUGUUAUGGUGAGCUAUUGAGCAUAUGUACUUAUACAGAAGCUAGUGAGCAUUUUUAUUACUUUUUGUGACUAAAGGUUUUCAAAAGCAAUGCCAACAAGAAUGGAUGCAUGUGAGAAACUGAAAUCCAUAUAUUAAUGCAACACCAUGUAGCACAAUCUGUGUAAAUAAUAAUUUAAAAGUAUCUGUUCUAAAAAUACAUGUAGGUCCCUUGAUGUUGCACAGUAUUAGUUGUACAAUGGUACAGAUAUUUCUGUUGUUUUUAAAGUGAGCACAUUUAUAAUGAAUUCAUGCUUAUAGCAAUGUGAGUUUCAUCUACUGUAUCUUUGAAACAUUAUGAACGUAAGGGAUAAAAUGAAUAAUUUUUUUAAUAGCAAAUCAAAAUUGUUCCUUCAUGGCACUUUAUCAUAAAGUGAAAGGUAUUUUCAGAAUGGAAUCAGUAAAUAACCGUGCGAUAAUUGCUGUUCAGUUGAUUGGAAGAGUAACCAACCGUAUUUCACUGGUUCUUACAGGCAAUGUUUCAUGUAUUGAUCGGUAUUGAUCUGUACAUUGUGUGUACAGUCAUACUUACAUCAUGACCAUUUUAUUCUGUGUACAUCAAUAGCUUAUAAAUGUUGUUACAAUGUGUAUACUUAAUAUCCUUGUUCAGUACUCUGUAUUGGUCUAGUCAACACGUGAGUGUCAUCUGAUAAACCCUGUAUUUGUCCAUACAAAAUGUAUGUAUAUUAAUGUCUAGUAACAUUUAAAUAUGUUUAAUAGAUUCACUUUGUCACGUAUGCUUUACAUAUAUACUGUAUAUGAAGAAUAUACUUGUGUACUGUUUCUUUAAAGUGGAAUACUAUGGAAUUAUUUCAUUUGAUUAUUUUUCAUGGAAUUUUAGCAAAUGUACAAUUUUAAAAUGUCUACAAAUUUAUAACCUCAACAAAUAAUGAAAUAGUUUAACUGAAAAUGGCAUUGCAACAAAAUUUUAUAAUUUCAACAGUCAUCAAAACAACUAUGAAUUUGCAGUACAGUUUGAAUCACAUAGAGGCUACUUUUGAAUUUUUAAGAAUUUCUGUUGAUUAAUGUUUGUUACAUAAGAAUUUAAGCUACCCUUGUAUGUAUAGAUGUCUCAUUACAAAGCUUUACUAAAUAUCACUUCAGUGUGAUAGUUCUAGUUUUCAAUUUGUCAUCAGAAAAACACAUUUUGCAUCCUGCUAGAUCUGUAUCAAUAUUGUAAUUAAGACAAGUCUCUGUGAUUAGCUGUAAUAGUAGAAGCAGGUGUGACUCCAGUAUCACAUCACUUAUCCAGUGAGUAUUGAAGCUGUUUGUCAGUGUAUAGCUGUGAUUAAUGUUAUUUAUACCAAUCACUACUAUGUAUAUAUACUCAAGUGUGUGCUCUGUGAAUGCAGGUGUAUUUACCAAUUAAAAUGCCUCUUUGCAAAUUAA